GUUGUUCUAUGGCCACAAAGUUCAUCACUUGUGCACCAGAGCUGGUGUGGAUGACAUCCGCAAUCUGAUGGGUAGCAUGGCUACUGUUGUAGAAUCCAUGCUGAGGCGAUUGCGGGUCGACUUUCUGGAGGACGGAGUAGCCAAGGCUCUUCGUGGGUUCGACAUCCUUGCUUGGUCCGAUCAACAGCAGCAUGAUGCAUUGAAGCAGGCAUGCUGUGACCUUGCUCGCUUGCUUCAGCUGCCCGAAUGGGCUGGCAAGGAGUUGGGUGUUCUGGCCAGAAGGCGCCUCUUGCCAUACCUGCAGACGGCAAAAGCCCAGAAACUCGAUGUCGACAAUCGUUUGGCUUGGAGCUGGAUUGUCUUGCCCGAAGGCCGUGCCAAGUUCCUAGGCACCAACGUCGAUGUCGGGCCGCAUGUCUUGCACAUGAUCUUCUUCUACCUCAGCCUGCACAUCAGCACAACUGAGGUAGAACGGUCCCUCGGCAUGACGCUGUCGCAGUUAGAGGCACACAGCGGACCGUUGUCGCAAGACGGCAGCACGGUGGCAGCGCUCGUGGAGCUGCGCUGCAACGGGCCACAGACUCUGGAGGAAAUGUUCACGAAGGUUCGCUUGCCCUCAGGUGACACCAGGCUCGAACCGACUGACUUCUCCAGAAGGUGUGCCAAGCUGUGGGUUCAGAUGUUUGGCCGGAGGUUCAUGUGCAAGUAUGGGUCAAAAGCUUCUGGGGAUGCCAAGUCGCUGUCGCAGUCGGGGUCGGCCAGCACAAAGACAAGAGCAGGCACUUUGGCGCAUGUGCAGAGCAGCCGAAAUGCAGCAUGCCACGUGCUUGCUAGGAAGAAGCGGCAGCCGUUGCUGUCGUAUGUCCCAGAGCUUUCGCUUCCUUUGAAGCGGCCAGCACCACCUCCUGGAAGCCUUGCAGGUUCCCGAUGGCAGACGCCAGGUGCUGGUCCUCCGUGUGCCAAGAAGCAGAAGACCCGUGCGGACCUGUUUGACGAGCACACGGAGCGCAAGAGAGAGCGACAUAUCGCUGUCGCAGAGCGCCGUGAUGCUGGGGAGGUGGCCUACUGUCCGGGUCCCCUGAAAACAGCAGAAUGGUCCAGGAGUCGCGACGUGACGGCAAUUCCACUGCCUGCAUCGGCAAGUGCAAAGACCACGCGGCUCCUGCCCAUCUACAGGGUCUACUCGGACAGUCCACGGCUAAGGGCCCCGGCAGGUUGCAUGACUCUUGCGCUGAUGUCACCUGAAAGUGCUGACAUUGUGGUGUUGAAGAGCCUGGCUGACCUGGAUCUCGACGACAACGCCGAGUUGGUCAGGGCCCCAGCAUCGAUGUCGGCCUUGGCCCCAGCCAUGACAGGAAUGAGCAUUCCUGCCAUCCCUGCGAUGAUGGGGCACAUGUUUGACGAGUGGGGAGGACGCGUGGCCCAGACAACUCGCGACCUGCUGAAAAAAAGCCUUGGCACCUCGGACAUACAGAUUCCAGAGUUGCGUCUGGGCACAGACUGCUCGGGGCUAGACGCUCCCGUGCACGCAUUGACUGCUUUGAAGAUCGCUCACCGUCACUUGUACAGUUGUGAGUGUGACAAGGCAGCACGAUCAAUGAUCAUAGCCAACAGCCUGCCGGAGCAUGCCUUGCUCUGGAAUGUGUGCGACUCGCUGUCGGAGAGAGUGCCACAUGUGGACUUGUAUGUGGCAGGAUUUUCUUGCCGACCAUUCUCGAUUCUGCAUUGGCAGACUAAACUCUUGGAAGAACCUGAUGCAGACUGUUUCUGGGGGGUUCGGAACAGGAUCCGGCUGAACCAGCCAGCAUGCUUCUGUCUCGAGAAUGUCAAAGGCAUACAGAGAUGCAUGCAGGAAGUUGUCGAAUCGCUGUCGGACUGCGGGUACCAGGUUUCUCUCAUAUUGACAAAUCCAGCCGACCUGGGUUACCCAGUCCAGCGACCUCGGUAUUACUUCCUCGGGGUGCGCCUUGACCUGGUCAGGCUUUCCAAAACAGAAGCACAGCAAAUGGUUUUGGACAUGUGGCAAGGAUAUCAGGCAGCGGCUCCACGCAAAAACUUGAAGGAGUUUUUGCUCCCGGCUUCCCAUAAGUUGGUGAAGGAAAACCAAGAGUGGAGACGGGCCAGGUGGCAACAGGCCUGUGCCAACGGCUUUGGAAAGGACCCGAAGUCGCAGCCCAAGUGGCUGGCAAGGCAUGAGGCAGUGAAGAGACAAGCUUCGGAGGCAGCAUCACCUGCGACGGCAAUGCCGGAUGCAGACAAAAUGUUUCUUCACCUGGCACGUCACAGGGAUGCGUAUGCCCACGUUGUGACGCAGCUGCCAGCGAAGGCUGUGGAUGUCGUUGUCGAUGUCUCACAGAAUCUGGGGCGCAUGCCUCUCAGAACAGAUGGCACAUGCCCAACAGUAACCCCAGGUGCAGAGCUGCUGGUCAAGUCGGCAGAGAGGGCCUUGAUCCCCAUGGAGAAGCUGUCCCUGCAAAACUUCCCGUUGCAUCGGCUGCGGUUCCCCGACUCGUUGCCGCCUCGUGCCCUGGAGAAGCUUGCGGGCAACAGCAUGCACACGGAGGUUGUGGGUUGUGCCAUGCUCCUGACGUUGAUCUUGGUCGACUGGUCUCACGCGAACGCACGUUGCAAUCCCAAGGGGGCUGGCAGCAAGGCUCUAAGGACUAAGGCUGGCAGGGCUACCCGAGGCAAGAUGCUGCAAGAGAAGAACAGAGCAGCACGUCCCACAAGGAAGUCCAGCAGCAAGUGCAGAAGGGCAGCUCGAAAGAUUCCUGUCAAGGCAACGACGAGGAAGCCCAAGCAGGAAAGGGUGGCUCGAAAGAGAAGUCUUGUCGUUAAGGCAACGAGGAAGCCCAAGCACAUCAACUCCCUCACAGGAACACGCUGGGCCUGA